CACUUCCGCUUUCUUUUCGGCCGUGCGAAGACUCCAGCAUGGGGGACGCCGGUGUUGUGGAGAGGUUUCUCCAGUGGCUUGAGAAGGCGGACGACGGCGUGGACAGCCGGGACGUGGCGAGCGGCCUCGGGGAGGAGCACCAGGUUGUGGUCGGCGCCGUGAAGAGUCUGCAGGCUGCCGGAGAUGUCAUCGUAGCUGAUUUGCGCAGCUCCAAGCAUUGGGAGCUGACGGAGGAGGGCACGGAGAUCGCUGAGCAGGGCAGCCACGAGGCCCGGGUCUUCAGCGCUGUCCCUUUGGAGGGUCUGGCUCAGACUGAGCUCAUGAAACUGUCCUUUGGGAAGAUCGGCUUUAGCAAAGCCAUGUCCAACAAGUGGAUCCGAGUGGACAAGGCACACGAAGGCGGGCCAAGGAUUUUCAGGACUGUGGAGGUUGUGGAGGACCAGGUCCGACAGAAACUGCUUCUGGUUCAAAAAGGAGACGCCUCUCAGCUGGACGAGAAAGAAAGGAAUGAGCUGAAGAAAAGGAAGCUGCUGUUGGAAGUGACGGUGAAGUCUUACUGGAUCACCAAGGGCAGCUCCUUCAGCACCACCCUCACCAAACAGGAGACGGAGCUCACGCCCGACAUGAUCGCCACCUGCCCGUCAGUGGCAGCGUGCAGGGUCCCAGACCCAGGACACAGAGCAGGCUCUGCUCAUGAAAGGGGACAAGGCCAAAGACUAGGACUUGGUCCUAAAGGCAGCGCAGGACACGGCUACAGAGGCAGCUGGAAGGAGAAGAAGUUUAAACCCUACAACUUCGAGGCCAUGGGCGUAGCCCCCGACUGUGGCCACCUGCAUCCGCUCAUGAAGGUGCGAACACAGUUCAGGCAGAUCUUCCUGGAGAUGGGCUUCACUGAGAUGCCGACCAACAACUUCAUAGAAAGCUCCUUCUGGAACUUUGACUCCCUGUUCCAGCCCCAGCAGCACCCGGCCAGGGACCAGCAUGACACCUUCUUCCUGUCCGAUCCGGCACUGGCCCACGAGUUCCCGCAGGAAUACCUGGAGAGAGUGAGGCGGGUCCACUCUGAGGGAGGCUUUGGGUCACAAGGGUACAAGUACGACUGGAAGAUAGAAGAAGCCCAGAAGAACAUUCUGCGAACUCACACCACAGCUGUCAGCGCGCGCAUGCUCUAUAAACUGGCCCAGCAGGAGAAGUUCACUCCAGUCAAGUACUUCUCCAUCGACCGCGUGUUCAGGAACGAGACGCUGGACGCCACCCACCUGGCUGAGUUCCACCAGAUAGAGGGCGUGGUGGCCGACUACGGCCUGACACUGGGAGACCUGGUGGGAGUCCUGCACCAGUUCUUCACCAAACUAGGAACCACCAAGCUGCGCUUUAAGCCAGCCUACAACCCGUACACCGAGCCCAGCAUGGAGGUGUUCAGCUACCACGAAGGACUAAAAAAGUGGGUAGAAGUUGGAAACUCAGGUGUGUUCAGACCAGAGAUGCUGCUGCCCAUGGGCCUCCCUGAGGACGUGUCCGUCAUCGCCUGGGGUCUGUCUCUGGAAAGGCCCACCAUGAUUAAAUACGGCAUCAACAACAUCAGGGAACUGGUGGGACAUAAGGUGAACCUGCAGAUGGUCUACGACAGCCCCAUAUGUCAGCUGGACUCAUGAGGCCUCCAGCGUUUUCACUGCUGUUAAUUUGGAGCCACUUGCUCUUUGCCCUGCGACGCUGCAUCUGCUGGCCACAGCUGGAUCGCAGCCACGGGUUCUGGGGGUCCCACAUGCUGUUGAACGAGCUUUCUAACCAAAGGCAAAUAAACAGAUUUUGGAAGAAAGUUCAA